AUGAACUUUCAAAAACCACAACAACCAGACAACUGUGAAGUCAUUAUGAAUGUAUCUUAUUCAUCUUCUAGUAUAGUUGGUCAUAAAGAUAGUUAUCGUAACUAUCGUGUUAAACUACCAUUAACUUAUCCCUCAAAAACAACUACUAAUUCAUCAUCAUCAUCAUUAUCACCAAAUGAUGAGUUUCAUAAACAAACAGCAGCCAUUAGCAAUAUCAUAAAAUUUCCAUCACAUUCAUUGGUCAAUGCAGCUUCUGUUUCAGUUUUAAAUGAUUUGAAAACAAUUGUUUUAACACCAUUAGAAUUUGAAACCAAUAAACUUGGGUUUAACCUCAAGAAUAUCAUUUUUGAUUUACCACAUCCAAUUAUUUCAACUAAUUGUUUUACUGUUCAAUAUCAUGAAAAUGAUAAUAUAAUUAUUGAUUUUAUUGAUGAAAGUUAUUUAUGUAUUACAUUAAAGAUAUCUGUGGAUAAUUUCGUAAGGAAUCAAAGAUUACCUUUAGAUAAAUUUGAAACUUGGGGACAAAUUUCUGUUCCUUAUUCAUUUGAAUUAAGAUCAAGUCCAUUUUAUUUAACACAUUUAGAUGAUUUGAAUUUAAUUGUUUCAUUGAAAGAUGGUGGAUUGUUACAUUUUAAAAGACAAGAAGUAUUAGGGGAGUUUACAGUUAAUAAUUUUCAAGAACAAACUCAAACAUUGUCAUUUUUUGGAUUAUUUGGUAAAAGCGGUAACAAUAAAAAUAAAGAAAUUGUAUUGGAAGGUAUUUCAUCAAAUUCCAUUGUUGACGCUUUGAGAAUUAAUGACUUGGUUAUUACUUUAUCUGCUAAUAAAGUGUUGAAAAUUUGGCAAUUGGAAACUCAUCAAAAUUUGGAUAUGAUUUCUCUUACUGAUGAUGAAACUAAUAGUUGGUUAACCGCUAUCCCUUCCAAGUAUUUCAAACAUAUACAUAAUGAUGACAAACAUUAUAUUACUUUUUUCAUUACUACUGAAUCUGGUGAUUCAUCCAAAAGUAUGUUUGCUUUCAAGAUAUUUGAACUCGAUGAAGAAUCAUCGUCUUUAAAAGAAUUGACUGAUUUUCUGUUUCAACCAGAAGUUCCAAAUUCGUUGUUAUCAUCAUCGGAUAUUUUCUUUCAUGAAUCCACUUUUCAAAAUACCAUUUGGUUUAUUCAAGAUUAUGAUGUUAAUAUUGCUGAUAAUUCUUUAGAAUAUCAUUUGUUGUGGAAAUCAAACACUUCUUCCAUUUUGGUUAAAUACUCUAUUAGUUUGGCCACUGGAUCUAUAACAUCGAUCAAUAUUUCCCAUCCAGGUACUUUAGAAACCGGUGAAGAGGAUAUUUCUGCUUAUCAUGAUAAGGAUUAUUAUUAUAAUAAAAUAUUCAAUUCUGGUUAUUAUGAUCGGUUAAUUGUAAUGGCAGCCAUAAAGGUUUUGGGCCAACAUGGUAAAACUGAUGUUCUGUUUGAUUAUGGUCUUCGUCUUGCUGCUGAAAAGGUUAUAAAAUCACAAAGUACCCCUGAAACGAUCAAGAACAAUUGGUUUAAAUUGCAAUCAUUAUGUGAUGAAUUUAAGAAAUUAAGUGAUGAGGUGUUAUCGUUGACAGUAUUCGAAGAUAGAAUUUUAACUUCACAUGUUAAUGGAUAUGGUAUUUUCCGUCCAUCUAGUUAUUUUGAAAGUUUCCAGAAUAAGACCUUGUCCAGUCCUGAUGGUCAAUUGAUGCGUAUUUUUGACAAAUUCAGAACCGUCAUUUCUAAUAGAAGCUAUCACAAAUUAUAUGAAGAAUUAUUGAAACUGAAGAAUGUCACUGCAGAUGAUGUGACUAGAUUAUUUUCUAGUUUUGUUGAGGGUAGAAUAUCUCCUGAAGAAAUCAGAACAAUUCUUGGUGAAUUGGAAAAGAUUCCUGAUUCCGUUGAACUUGUUAAAUCAUUGAUUGGAAAUAAUGGAUUUGAAUUGAUUAGUAAUGAUCAAGAUUAUACUAUACUUGGUGAUUUCAACAGGAUUUCGUCUAUUACAAUCUUCAAGAAUAUAAUAACUGCUCAUGAGAAUUUAUUAAUGGAUUUAGUUGUAUUAUUGAUCAUUUGUGAAACCAAUGAGGCAUUAAUUGGAUUUUUAAAUGAAAUUCGUAAAGCAUUAUGGAAUUAUAACGUAUUGGAUACUGUAUUUGAUACAUCAUUAGAUGAAAAUGAAAUAGUUGAAACUACAUCCAUGGGAAGAUUACAAAGUUCUACAUUUUGGGUAGCAGUUGCUAUGGGUAAUCAUAAACAAUUGUAUUCAUUAAUAAAUGAUUGUAAAUUAAAUGAAGCAUUUGAUUACUUGUGUAAUAAUAUUUUGAGUUCAGAUAAUUAUUUAAUUGAUGUUGUUGUUGAGUUGAUUAAAAAUAGGCAAAGUUACUAUUUGAAACCGAAAUUUUUAGAUAAAUUAAAUCAAGAUAAAGUUAUUGAUAGAUUUUUACUGGGAGUUAUUUAUGCAUUUGCUAAUGAUGGUGAUUCAUUCUGUGAAGUAUUCAACGAUUAUGAUUUUUUCAAAGAUAUGCAAAAAACAGAGCAACUCGAACCAUUAGAGGAGACUCCAAUAUUGUGUGAUCAUUUGUCGACAUUUUUCAACAAACCAACAAAAUCACAAUAUUUCAAUGCAGUUGCUGGGUUGGCUGAUGUUUUAAUGAUUUUAAACAACAAAGGUAUUGAAAUACAGGCUAAAUCUAUUGAAAUUGCUUGUAAAUUUAAAUUAUUGGCCAUUGAGAAUGAACCAUCUAAACAAAUUCAACAAAACUAUUAUGGUAAUUUAUUAGACUUGUCAUUGGAGGUUUCUAAUUAUGAUUUAAUUACCAAAUGUUUCAAUAAUUUGACUACAGUUCAUUAUUUCAAAGGAUUUUUUACUAGAUUUAUCAAUCAGAUAGCUUGGGAAGACAAACUAGAUAUUAUUUUCCCAUCAACUAGUCAAAAUUCAGAUUAUGAUAUUUACAAGAAAUAUUUCUCCCUUGUUGAUGAUAUUAUUCUCGAGUGUGCCAAUAAUGCAUCAUUAUCAAGAUCACUAAAAUAUUAUGAGUAUUUAUAUUCCUGGAGAUUAAUUGGAUGUACAAAUGGAGAAGAAAAUCAGUUAGGAGAUAAAAGAGGAGCAAUUGAAGCAUUGUAUCUAUUUAUAACAAGAUUUAUAUCAGAAUCUGAUAAAUCUACUGAACGUAAAGUUAAAUUAAAGAUUUUAGAAUUUUAUAUGAUUAUUUUAAAUGUUUUCAAAAGUUUUACUGAUGAUGAAGAUAAAUGGAUAUUGAAAUAUACUGGUAAUCGAAGAUCAAUAAUUAAAUUGGAUGAUUUGAAAAUAGAAUAUUUAGAAUGGUUGAAAAUUUUAGAUGAUGAUUUAACCCAACUUGUCUAG